AUGGUGGGCCCAACACCGCAGAUUGAAUCAGCUGCUGCACCACCACCACCACAGACAGCGACAGCAUCAGCUGAAGAAGAAGCGAUUAAGAGAAACACAGAUUGCGUUUACUUUCUCGCUUCUCCUUUAACUUGCAAAAAGGGAAGUGAGUGCGAGUAUCGCCACAGUGACGUUGCAAGGGUAAACCCAAGGGACUGUUGGUUCUGGUUACAUGGUAAUUGCCUGAAUCCCAAGUGUGGGUUUCGUCAUCCGCCGCUGGAUGGACUGCUGGGGACACAAGCUCCAACUUCUGCUCCAUCUGCUGUACCUCCAUUGCAGACUGCCUCUACACCUUCUCAUGUUCCAAAUGCCUCGGGUAAACAAGGGGUGCCCUGCAUAUUCUUCCAGAAAGGAUACUGUUUAAAAGGUGACUGGUGUCCAUUUUUGCACGCACCGAAUUCUGUGAGUAACAAAAAUACACAGGCGUCAGGAAUGUCUACUGCUGAGCCUGCAUCUUUUCAGAAUACUUUUGGUGGACCUGAAAAGUGGACACAAGGAAAGAAAGUCCCAUCUAAAACUGUAGAAAAAUCUGGUGAGUUACCUUUACAUACAAAACCAACUAUGAAAGUGGAACCUGCUCCACCGAGGAAUGAAUUUGCUGUAGGCAAAAAGACACUAACGACAUUGGAGAUGAAUGAAGAGUUUUCCAGCUACAUACCAACAAGUAUAUCACCUUUUAAUAAUGGAAAGCAAACCAGCAGGACUAUCUCUGUUAAGCAGUCUCAUCCGUUGGAUGAACAUGUUAGUAUGAACAGUAAGGAUGCAGAAGAAAUUUCGAGAGAGCCUUCCCCUGGUUUUGAUGUUCUCGUGGAUGAUGAACUAAGAGAUUCUGAUUACUAUCCCGGUGAAGAUCACUAUGGAAUGACUGGGGAUCACGAAGGUAGGAAUGAAUAUGACAUUGGCCAUACUGCUGAUUACAAUUCAAUCGUUGAUGUUGACCAUGAUAUGUAUCGUGAUCCUCGUGGUUAUGACUCAUAUGAGCCCCUUCAAGGUCAAUAUGCCUGGGAGCAGCACAGGGCUUCAUCUGAGAGGAUGUCAGGAGGGUCUGCUUACCAGAAAAGGAGACAUGCUAGAGUCGGUAGCCCUGAUCCAGUUAGUGAAGCAGAUCUAAGGAAUCAUUUAUCAAAGCACAGAAGAGGUAAUGGUUUGAGGUCUGUCAUCAGUCAAGAAUAUGCACGUGACAGACACGAGGAUCAAGGAUACAAGGUUACAAGUAGGGACACACAGUAUUUACCCCCACAGGAAAGUUCUCUUAGCAGUCGCCUUCGUGGAAGAAUAAAGCUUCCAGGGAGAUCUUCUCCUUUAGAUGGAAGGGACUUGCAUGGUGAUAGGGACAUAAAUAGAGGACCAGAUCAUGGUAGAUCAUCUUAUGGAAGGACUCAACAGUCCUCUCACCAUGGAAGGCUUGGAGACAGAGUAAAGGGGAAGGAGGAAGAUGAUUUUAAUACUAGUGGGAAGAAUAAUAGAGGUGUGAACUUUAGAAGAGAAAUGAAGGGUGACAAUAUUACUGACUUUGCUCGUCCAAAAAGUCUUGCAGAGCUUAAAAGCAAGAAAAAUGGUGAGACUAGCGAGCAGCAAUCACUUGGGAAGAGAAAACACACUAUGCUUGAUGGCUAUCGACAAACUGGUGGUGAUCUCCCAUUUGAAGGCCCCAAGCCUCUGGAAGAGAUUCUGAAGCAGAAAAGAGGUGAAAUAGCUUCCUCAGGUAAUUAUAAAGACAAUGAUCAAAACGAAGAAGGAUCGCGGAAAAUGACAAAGAUUACUUCGACUGUGGAGGAUCAGCUUGCUCUUUCCUCCGCACCUGUUAAUGAGGACUCCAAGUCUGCAUCAGGCGAUAAUGGUGGAGCAGAAAAAUAUGGGUUAAGUGAUGCUAGAGAGCUUGAAGCUGAAGAUGGAAUGAUAGUUAUGGAUCGGUUAGAUGACCAAGAACAUGAAUCAUAUGAGCAGAGGGAUGGUGCGUCUGAUUACGAGCAAGUGGAUGGAGAAUAUUAUGAGGACUUAGACGAAGGUGAAAUUGGAGAAGCUGAAGAGGAAUACCCUGAUGAUGAAGAUGGAGACGAAUUUGCAAAGAAGAUGGGUGUCAUGUACUCUUGA